AUGAGUGUGGCGAUGCGUAUGAAUAACGGUCUUCACCAUGCUGUUUCAAUGGGUACAAUAGAUACAAUUACGACAAAUACCAAACCAACUUGUUCCAGUCAAUCUGAUCGUAAUUAUGAUUCUGAAGAUGAAAAUACGUAUCGCCGACGUCUGAGACACACCUCAUCAACUGAAUUAUAUCCCAGGCCAUCGCAAUAUUCCAAAGGAGAUAUAAGAGAGCAGUAUUGUUUAACAGAUCGCCAAGUGAAUACCAUCGAUCGAUCGCGACGUGAACGAUUCUUUGGCUGUCUUAGUCGUCGCAGUACACCCCAGUCGUUUUUGGGCGGUUGUGUUGGCCGACGAGUACCGUCGGAUGAGAAUUUAGCACCCUACACCCCGUUCUACAAGUAUUCACGUUAUACCAAACAAUUUCCUAACACCACGACUACAUCGUCGACGUCAACAUCAACAGCUGAUAACAUGGAUAUGGAAAGUUCCUAUUUUCGUAGACAACCAGCAUCGAUAUUAAGUACAUCUAAAAUGGUGGAUGCAUCGACAGAUAAUCGCCAGCACAGUCAGCAGCAACAACAGCAUCAUCAUCUGCAGCAGCAGCAACAACAGCAUCAGAUGCAUCAAGCGCAGCAUCCGGCAUAUGGGAAUUAUGAUAAUAUCAGUUAUAUCAACGAUAAAAGCUCAUAUCACUGCCCUUCCCAUAUGGGAGUUGGUGCUGGAUUACAACAUGCUGGUGCUCUAAAUACACCAAGAACAAAGCAUGUCAGCUUUGCCCGUUCCCAUACCCUAACCUCAUUCGAUGACUUCAAUGUGGGCUUUCGUUCAUCGGGUCGCAUGAAAUCGGCCCAGUCACAAGAACGCCUAAUUGGUGGUAAAAAACCCUUGGGACCCAGUGGAUCCUAUUAUGAUACGAUGCCGGUGUGUGUACCGCCCGCUCAACCUAUUACUGCCAUAAUGGGAUCUACAUCCACAAUACAUAUGCUGCCAACGGCAUCAGUUCCUGUCCACCAAUUGGGUCAUACACAUCAACAUUAUCCGGCAGGUCAUAUACCGGUCCAGCCCCAGCCGCAAGCGCAGCCCACAACAUAUUUGCCCGCCUAUGUAACCGAACAACAUGUUCAGACACAGCAACCCACAGCGGCGGUACUAACAAAUCGCCCGAUUUUAGAGGAGUUGGGUAACCUGAAGAUGACCUCAACAUGUCCUCUACAAAAUUUACCACCACCCAGUCCAGAGGUUAUUGUGGUGGAGAAAAAGUUCCGCAACGCCAUGAAGACCCAGGCCACCCAGACAGAUGUAAGGAAAAAUGAAUUCGAACAGAGUUUGGCAUUAAGUCCACGAACCAUACAUCGAGUACGCGUGGUAUCACAGGGGGCUCAAACUAAUGGCCUGGCAAAUGGUAAACCCUUGGCAAAGAGUCUCUCACAAAUCCCCUACGAGAGUAAAAAGAAAGAAGAGACGCGAGGGGCUUUUCAAGCUGAACAUGAGCUACUACAUCGCACGCAAUCAGAGGAACCACCCAAGUCCCCGUUGGAAAGUAGUUUUCCCUAUUAUCAACCACCACCUCCCCUGGAAUACGAUACGAAUCAUGAGAAGUAUAUUUAUCAGAAGAAAGAUCUCAGUUCCAUGUCAAAGGAGGAUUCAUUUUCCUACGAAAGCAAUAGCCUACCAAGGCGGACCUGUGGUUAUCGCUUGGACACCGAUUUCCAUAGUCUGCCACGUCGUGACAUGAACAAUAUCCAGGAUGUUUGUAAACACAUCACCGAAUGUUCUGAGCUCAUGGCUGAUGGUUCGUCGGACUUCACAUCCGAUUUGCUGCCACCACCCCAGGAAUAUUGCCUAGAUGAUGAUGACUCCUUGGAUAUUACCCAAACAUACCCGAAGGAAUAUAAGGACACAAAUCGUCGCAAAUCAAUGUUGAUCAGUAUGGAACCACCCGAUGAUAGCCCCUUUCGGCGAGAUGAUAUACGACGUCAAUCGAUGCCCGUCUAUGUGAAAACGGAAAAACUUGUCGAUUUGGAUUACGUGGGUAAGGGGUCGCGUCGCUUCAAUCGUAAAGCUUUCCGGGAUGAUAUGUCCGAUGAAAAGGAGAUUAUUAUCGAUUUCAAGCCCUACAUUAAAAACGAUCUCCAGCCGAAGACAUUGAAACGGAAAUUCCUCAAGAAACACGAACAACAGCAGGAGGCCGCCAAACUGCCGCCCAAGGAACUUCCUGAACCCUAUGAUUCCAUAUCAGCUGAGAGUGAUCGUAGCGAUCAGGAUCCGCGACAAGAUCCUGUUUAUGAAAAUUUACAGGCCUGUGGCUGUGCCAUUGCGGCCACAGUGCCGGAGGCCGAGUACAGCGAACAAGAACAAGAAGAGAGGGAUGAGAAGGGUUCAGGAAUUUCCGCACCGCCCAGUCCACUGCGCGAGGAGGCCAUUGGUCAUGCUUCUACCUAUCCGUCAUCGGAUUCAUUGGCUAAUGAUGUCACAAGAGAUCAUUCGGAUGGUCAUUGGAAUGAAUCGGAGGUGACCGUGCUGAUGGCAGAGCAAAGAUCCGAGGCCUCGUAUAAUUUGAAUCUUCUCUUGACGCCGUCAACAAAACGAAAACAUUUGCUGUUGCAACAUCAGCAACGAAGUUCGGUGGAUACAGAUGCUUUGGAUUUCGAGGAGCAAUUUACCGAUCAAAGUCCUACGUAUAGUCAGACGGGGUCGGUGAGUAUGAAAUCGUCUAGGUCACCGGCGACACCACAAAAUGAACGAGAAUCCGCAAUGAAAUCCUAUGAAAGGGGAGCGCAACCAAAACUGAUAUCACCAUCCAUAGAAAUUACGCCCAUCAUAGGGCAGACGCAGGCAUCUCCGGUCAAGCAUCCGGGUAAGGCUUUAUUGGCAUCACCAAGGAAGAAUAUGGCAAUUUCACCGGCAAAGGAUCAAAGGAGGCUAUCCGACAUUUCGGUGGGUGUAUCCUCUCUGACCGACAAUCUGAAGGGUUUCGAUAAUUCAGAGUGUAGCACAAAUACCAAUACCGAGGAGUAUGCCACCUGUACAGAUACAUCGAGACGCACGCCAGGUAUGAGGACUACCUUAACCACAACCACUACUACGACAAGCUCAUCAUCAACAACACAAGUACCAGCUUCCACUCAAAGUUCCCAAAUGGAUAAGACCCACGGGGAAUCUUCAUUUGAGAGUGCUUCUUCGUUAUACUCCUCAAAAGGAGAAAUGGUCUCCGAAGAUAUGGUACAACCCGAGGAAGAUUAUCGACGAGAAUCGAAAACCCAUUUAGAUUUGACAUUAAAUUUACCCUCACCCAUUCAGGCAGAUAUUGCCAAGAAGUCACCCUCACAUUCGGUUAGUAGUACCUCUUCGGGUAGCUAUAAUGUGGGUGUGGUUGGAGAUGGUGAUGGCGAAAGUAAAACGCCGGAAAUUGAAAAGGUUGUUAUGCCUAUGGCUAAGAAGGAAAGCACCUCCCCGCUUGGCCAAAGAGUGGCGGAACUGGCCCGCAAAAAAAUCGAAUCCAUAUCAGAUGAUGAACGCAGUGACGUGCGUUACUCCUCCUCGGGUUAUUACGAAAGUCCUCAGGAUGAUGAGUAUCAAAAGCUAAAGUCGAGACGUUACCGCCAGGAAGAGGAACGUAAGCGACGUAAGACUUCAAUGAAAAUCGACAUUGAAAAGGAAAAUAUGAGGGCUUUGACCAGUCCCAUAAAACGAGAUGUUCUGAAAAAAUCACCCGAACGACCAAAGGCUUCCUCGGCACUGGCCGAAUCAACAAGCCCUGUAAAACUUAAACGUUUCCGUCCGAAAAUACGUCGCCAGCUGAGGCGAUCUUCACGUGAUGAAAGUGCAACGAGAACUCGAAAACCCAACAACACAACGUCUUUGUCGCCUCAGCAGAUUAUGGGUAGUGCCGAGAAGCUUCUUGAUGCCAGCGUAAUGUCUCCCAAGCCACCGGGGACGCCCAGUCAUAUGGUGACCGCUGCCACCACGACUGAACAAGAUAUUCCCAUACCAGCACCACGCACUGCGAAAGAUACAAUAUCAACGAUAACUUCCUCCUCGAAGACUCCAACCUCGCUAUCACCUGCAUAUGUAAAAUCCGCCUCGGAAACAUGUCAAUUAAAAGCCAAAUCCAUUGAAUCUCUUAAUCGUUCGGUUUCACCCGGUUCCGAUUCGGUAUUUUACAGUGAAGCUGAUGGUAAUCAUGCCGAUCAGCACAGUGGUCAUUGUUCACACUGUGGCAAAGAGGUUGAUGACGCCACGGUGGUGUGUGGCGAUUCGGUAGAAUCAUUACCCUAUAUAGACAACGAACCGGAUAUUGUUAAGCCACCGUCCGAUUUUGCCGAUUCGCCGGUAACCAACAAAACACCACAGCGUUUGUAUAAGAAAAUGGAUAAACGUUUUCGUUCCGAGGAACGUUAUCACUUGGAGAGGGGUCGUCACUACAAGACACGGAAGGAGAAUAUUCGGGCGAAGAGUGAAGAACGUAACCAGGAAUGCAAUAAGAAGACAACACCCAUUUUACGGCCAGCCGGUUCCAGUCCCUGUAUACUGCCAGAAAUUACCAGCGAAACGAAGCAGCAGACAAUUUACAUUGGCCACUAUGAUUGUGCCCGUUACGCCAGGUUAACGGAUUCGGAUAUAUGGGCACAAUUGGAUCAUCAGAGCCUAGAACGCAGUCGUGGUCGCCGUUCCUCAACCGAUUCGGAAAAAAGCUUCUACACCAAAUAUCAAGUCAUACUGCAUCGCCUUGUACAGAGACGUUGCACUUUGGAGAUGUAUCAUCGUCAAAAGAAUGAUACAUUUGGUGUCGAUAAAACCGUGGUGGUCAAAAGUGACUCCGGAGAAUUCGGCUUCCGCAUUCACGGCUCGAAACCGGUUGUUGUGGCCGCCAUUGAACCGGACACACCAGCCGAAUCAUCGGGUCUUGAGGUGGGCGACAUAAUCAUAUCAGUAAAUGGUGUUAAGGUGCUGGAUAAACAUCAUACGGAAGUUGUGAAAAUUGCCCAUGAUGGUUGUGAAAAACUUGAACUGGAAGUUGCCCGAACUUUGGGCGUUCUCAUGAAUGAACAGCAGGAGCCACCGAUACAGGUCAUUUACAGUGGUUAUUUGUGGCGUCAAAGUGGCCAGGCGAAGGGAUCACCAAAUGCCAAGAAAUGGGUUCAACGUUGGUUUGUUUUACGUUCGGAUAAUUGCCUAUACUAUUACAAGACUGAGGAGGACACCCAACCCGUUGGAGCUAUGAUUAUGGCCAAGCACACCGUAGAACCCUGCAACGCCAAAGUCGGUAGACCACAUGCAUUUAAAAUAGAUUCGGGUGAGGGCAUACCCAUGUAUGUAGCCGGUGAUAAUGAAGAGAUAACGAAUCGUUGGGUGAAUAUUUUGAAAAAGGCCGUGGCCCAGGAGAAUGCAUGGUUGGAUAAGAGUGCCCGCAAUCUAUAUAAACAACCCAGCAAUAUACAACGUCCCGAUUGCUUUGGCUAUCUGAUGAAAUUGGGCUCCAAGUGGUGUGGUUGGUCGAAGCGUUAUUGUGUCCUGAAAGAUGCCUGUUUGUAUUUCUUUCAGGACGGUAUUUCCAAAUCUGCUUUGGGUAUGGUUUGCCUCCAUGGCUACAAGGUAUCAUCAAUGUCAGCUGCUGCAUCGGGCAAAAAAUAUUCCUUUGAAAUUAUACCACCUGAACCGAAAUUGAGACACUACUAUUUUUACACGGAAUCUGAAAUGGAGAAAAAGAGAUGGAUAUCAGCUCUUGAAUAUUCGAUAGAUCGUUGGAUCAAAUCUGGGUAACUAAGGUUGAAAACUAUUAACAAUAAAUCAUCUAUGCACAGCACAAGAAGGAAACGUCGAAGUUUUAGUUAUUUCAUG